UGUAUGUAGAAUUAAUGGGUGGAAAUAGCAGUAAAUCCGAGGAUAAAUCAUCUCCUCCAAAACAGGAUAGAUAUCGAAAGAGAGAAAGUGAUGGAAACACUGACAGAACAAUUCAGGUUAAACCUCAGACAAUACAGAGACCUGGGGUAAAACCCCUGCCCCCAACGACCACACGAAAAGAUAUUUUCAACAAGGAUUUGCUCCGGGAGGCAACCAAAAAUGCUCAUCAACAGGUUUCUACAAAAGAACUGGGAUCCUAUCAAUCCCUCGCAGAAAGUCUUACCAAAGGACUAAAAAAUAGACAUGGAGAAAGCAUAUCUACCUGGUUAUUAACUUGGACCUCAGUAGCCAAGAGUUUUCCAAAGCUGGAGCGAAGAACACACCAAAAGGAGAUCUUAGGGACAUUACAAAUAGAAAUUCUCAUAUUGCUGACUUUUUCACGAAUUUAUGCAAGUGCAUGUGUUGAUUUGAAAUGUGUAACCAUCGAAGGACUUAAGAAAGAUGACAACUUUGAAAUUGGCUGGGCAGAGAAAAAACUAGUCAAAGGAAAAUGGAACGCCGUGUUCGUAAAAGAAGAAUGGAGAUUUGUCCAGCUGGAGUUUGGAAUUUCUACUAAUUCUAAGUGGAAGUCUUUAUAUUUUUUCAUUGAUCCCGAUGACUUAAUACAGUGGUGUUUUCCCAAAGAACAGGAAUGGCAGUUGUUGUAUACACCAGUCACAAAGCAUGAUUUUCUCUCUAGGCCAAACUGUAGACGAAAAUGUUUCGAAAUGGGGGUCAAAGUCGUUCAACCUACACUUGGAAAAUUGAAAGUGGAUCAGGGAAGAAUAAGUGUGGAGGUGUUUAUUGACAAAAAACAUUCACAGGACACUGUUCUUAAUUAUAAAUUAAUUAGCAAAAAGGCAAAGAAUGAAAACGUGGAAACUGACACGCUGAGAAGCAUAGGCAUUACAACCACUAGAUCAGGUGGAGAACUGACACAAAGAAAUUCUAAAGAGAAAGAUGAAAUCCGAAAUACAGAACCUAUGAAUAAAACAGAGACUGAACAUAAUGAUAGCUCAAAUUCACAGUCUCCAUCAGAUCUUAGGAAAUAUGUAUUUAUGAGUCGUGCUAAUUCGCGAGUUGUGUUUGACGUGGAUUUUCCAGUUCCAGGAACGUAUGUCCUUGACAUUGACGGAAGAACUUUGAGUGAGAAAGGAGGUCAUAAUACCGAGUCUCUAUUAUGUCAAUUCAAGUUUUCUUGUAAUAAAUGUUCCUUACACGAUGAACGGUUCCCAUUACCAGAUACUCCUGAGAUUGGUUGGGGGCCAACACCUCACUGCAUGAGAUACGGUGUCAGACCUGCAUCUCAUGGGUAUGGACAUAUUUACAUUUCACCCAAAGAAACUGUGAAAAUCCGAUUUGAUUACAACGGAAAAUACGAGUUUAAAACAAAUAUAAUGAGUAUGAAAUCUUCAGUUAAUACAGAAAAAAUAUCUACAUGCACGAUAUCUCCAAAUAAACUCACAGUUGAGGUCAAUAUUCCUGAUGAAGGACAUUAUGCCUUGAAGCUUUUUGCCAAAAAAGGAAAUGAUAGUGAAUUUAUCAACGUUAUAAACUAUAUGCUUAUAUAUGACCAGAAAAAUGUCGAG